AUGGCUCGACCCGAACCAUCAAACAUUAAUCAUUGUGUCGCUCCAUCGAUAACUUCACGUGCAAGUAACUUUCCAAAAGAUGAUAAUCAGCGCAGCGAUGAAAUCAAAACUGAAUUUACUUCACGUGAGGGCACUUAUAAAAUCUCUUCGUUCAUCGAUAAUAUUGGUAAGAUCGGCACCAACACAUGUCUAAGCGAACCAGUUAAAAUCACAUUACUACCGCGUAUACAAACAAACUUCGAUAUGACAAACAGUCAAACCAGUUCGAGACGAUCAUCAUCUACGAAUAAUAACACUACAAGCAAUUCUAUUGAUCAUUCUAAUGAACAGAAACAAAUAUCUGCAACGAAUGGAUACGAUUCCAAUGGAAAUCUGAUUCUAACCGAUAUUUUAGCAUUUAAUAUUGGAAGAGAAUUGAUCAUUUAUGAAUUUGCUGAAGCUACACAGUUUAAUUUUGGUGAACCACUCGAUCAUCGUGUUUACAAACAAAACCAUCAUCCAACGUGCCAUGAUAUUACUCAGCAUCCUGAUAACAAAAGUCUCCAUGUCCUUGUCGGAUUUUCUAAAGGACAAAUACAAUAUAUAAAUAUGCGAAGCAAAGAACAGAAAGUCUUCAAUGAAGGCAGUUAUCUGGACAAAACCAAAGUGACAUGUAUCAAAUGGUUAACAAACCCGAAAACUUAUUUUAUCGCGUCCUAUUCCAGCGGAUAUCUGUAUGUGUUUGAUGAGCAAUUGAACUAUCAACGUGAUACCAAUAUUCAACCUACUUAUGCAACAAUAAAAGACGAUGAGAAGAAUUUCUCUAUAUCGUACAUCAAAAAUAAAUCUAAACAAGCAAGAAAUCCAGUUGCACGAUGGUCGAUAGGUAGUGGGAGUAUCAAUGAAUUCGCCUUUUCGCCUGAUAAUACUCUUCUUGCUAUUGUCUCACAAGACGGAUUUCUUCGGAUAUUUAACUAUGAAAAAAUGGAAUUAGUAGCUUAUAUGAAAAGUUACUUCGGUGGUCUUCUCUGUGUAAGUUCAUCCAUUCUUUGCUUCUCAAAACAUCUUAUCCACUGUUAUGUUGAUUGUAAACAGGUUUGUUGGUCGCCUGAUGGCAAAUACAUUGCUACUGGUGGUGAAGAUGAUUUCAUAACAUUAUUUACUCUGAUUCCUGACGAACAUGUAUCUCGUGUUAUAUGCCGUGGUCAUGGUCAUACAUCAUGGAUAAGUGCAAUAUCGUUCGAUCCAUAUAUGAAUGCAAAAACUUAUUAUUCGUCAUUUGUACAAACCCCAUUUGAUUGCAACGAUGAUCAUGCGCAGGAUGGUUUUCAAAAAUCGAAAUCAUGGUCGCGGAGUGAUUCAACGUGUCUCGAUGUAACGAUUCCAUCUAUAUUCUAUCGAAUCGCGUCAGUUGGACAGGAUAAUCGUCUGUGUCUAUGGGAUAUCACCGAAGAUAUCUUGAAAUUCAAUCCUAAUAGUAAACAAAAUUCUUCAUCAUAUCCAUCAAUACCCUCGCCGUCAUCCUCCAAUGGCCAUGCAUCAUUAUCAUCCGACGCAACAGUGAACAUUCAACCUACCCCAAGCAAAACAUCGUUUUCAUCCCUAACAUCACGUCUUUCAUUUGUACGGAAUUCCAAUAAAGUUAACAAAUCUAUUGAUGAUACUCCUGAUAUGUCCCUUAUGACAAUAGCCAAUGGAACGUCGAAAAAAUCUCGAAAGUCAUCUCUACUAUCCAGUACAUUGACCGGAUCGAAAUCAUCGUCGUCAAAACUACAAGCGAAUACUGAUGAUUCGAAUCAUGGCUCAUUGUCAACACUAACAAGCAAUCACAAUCAUUCGUCAUCGCGUCGAACGAAUUUCGAUUUAACUAAAAGUACUUUUGGAACUAAUCUAUGUCCGAAACUAGAUGAUAUACAAGUAAUUGAACCAGUUAUAACUGAAUUCAUUGCUCACGAACGUUUAAAUGGAAUUUAUUUCGGUGAAAACUACCUAUUGACAUCUUCACAAGAUGGAAUUAUCGCUAUUUGGGAGAAACCGCAGAAACUUCUAAGUAAUAAUAUCACUGAUGAUCGAACAACGAGUCCAACAGCAUUCACUAACAGUAAUACUCAUCAUUCGAUAGUUUCUCAACGAUUGUAA